GAAAUCCCUUCUCUAAACCGGAUAUUACCGUGACAGCGGGGUCAGAAGUUCUCUCUUACAGCCAUCUUGGAUAUAGCGUCCCGAGUCGCAACCAUGCCUGGUGAAGCCACAGAAACGGUCCCAGUCACCGAGCAGGAGAUGCAGCCGCCUCAAGUGGAGACUGGAUCUGGCACGGAGUCGGACAGUGAUGACUCAGUCCCUGAGCUGGAAGAACAGGACUCUGCACAGUCACAGACACAGCAGGCUCAGCUUGCAGCAGCUGCUGAAAUAGAUGAAGAACCUGUCAGCAAAGCCAAACAGAGCCGCAGUGAAAAGAAAGCACGAAAGGCGAUGUCAAAGCUGGGUCUCAGGCAGGUAACUGGGGUCACCAGGGUCACCAUUCGCAAGUCAAAGAACAUCCUGUUUGUCAUUACCAAACCAGACGUCUACAAGAGCCCCGCAUCAGACACAUACAUCGUCUUCGGUGAAGCUAAGAUCGAAGAUCUUUCCCAGCAAGCCCAGCUGGCUGCUGCAGAAAAAUUCAAGGUACAGGGAGAAGCUGUAUCAAACAUCCAGGAAAACACACAGACGCCAACAGUACAGGAGGAGAGCGAAGAAGAAGAGGUUGACGAGACCGGAGUUGAGGUCAAGGACAUUGAACUCGUCAUGUCACAAGCCAACGUGUCACGGGCGAAGGCUGUACGCGCCCUGAAAAACAACAACAAUGACAUUGUCAAUGCUAUUAUGGAGUUGACAAUGUAAUGGGACCCUGGAAACAAAGGGUUGAAGAAAGGUUGCUGAUUUAAUCUAAGCUCGUUUAUACAAUUUAUACCCAAGAUGGAAAUAAAGUUGUGGCUUGAUAAAAUGAA